AUGGAAUCCUCGCUCCCCUUGUACUCGUCAUCAUUUCUAUUUCUCCUACUGCUCCCCUCCCUCUCCCUCCUCCUCCCUCCUCCACAAGCAACUGCUUCUCCACUAUCCGAGACCACAACUCUCCUCCACUGGAAAUCCACACUCCAGGACCCCUUACAAGCUCUCCACUCAUGGGCAGCCCUCCAUAACUCCACCACCACCUCCCCAUGCUCAUGGGUCGGCAUCAAAUGCACCAGCUCUCGCAUCAUCGAGCUCAGCCUCCCGCAAGCCGGCCUGGUCGGCACGCUCGACGCCCUCAAUUUCUCCGCUCUUCCCUCCCUCACUGUCGUCGGCCUCCGUCGCAACUUCCUCACCGGUGCCAUCCCUGCGGCCAUCGCCAAUCUCUCGGGCCUCGUCUCGCUUGACCUCGCCCACAACGGCCUCUCUGGAACGCUCCCCGCCUCACUCGCCACCCUCUCUCUCCUUGUGAAACUCGACCUCUCUGCUAACGAGCUCACCGGAGAAAUUAUUCCAGCCACCUUCACCAACUGGACUAGGCUCACCUACCUUCGGCUCGAACAAAAUCGGUUCACUGGAAACAUCCCGGCCGAAAUCCGCCACCUUUCUAGUCUCCGUACCCUUCGUCUAGCUGACAACCAGCUCUCUGGACCCAUCCCUCAGGAAAUAGGAGGACUCGAAAGCCUCCAUCUGCUUGACCUGAGACGAAACAGUCUUCUUGGUCCCAUUCCGCCGUCAAUCGGCAAUCUGAGCCAGCUGAUCACUUUCAAAGCAAACCGCAACAAGAUCUCCGGUGGGCUUCCCCCAGAGUUGGGAAAGCUUGCGAAUUUAGAAGAAUUGAAUCUCUAUACGAAUCUUCUAACAGGUGCCAUUCCUCCUAGCCUAGGAAACUUGACCCAGCUAAUGGGCUUGUACCUCUUGGACAAUCAAUUAACUGGAUCCAUCCCCCAUGAAUUAGGGAAGCUGGGGAACCUGGAGGACCUGAGGAUCACCAACAAUUCUCUGACAGGCUCCAUCCCUUCCAGUUUCGAAAAGUUGACCCAGCUAGAAUAUUUAUACCUCGGCUUCAACCAGAUAUCUGGGUCCAUCCCCUCCUAUCUCGGAAACAUGACCACGCUUCAAUCCUUGUCUCUUCACGGCAAUCAAAUCUCCGGAACCAUUCCUCAUGAACUAGGAAAUCUAGUGAACUUGACUUCUCUGAUAAUUUCUGACAACCAAAUCUCGGGUUCUAUCCCGCCAUCCUUGGGCAACUUGACUAACCUAUCAGAAUUAGUGGUCUUCCAAAAUCAAUUAUCUGGUCCUCUGCCGAAAGCAAUGGCUAAUCUCACAGCCAUGGAGGACCUUCAGUUAAGUGACAACAAUUUCUCUGGCUUCCUACCGUCGGAUUUGUUCAACGGAGGAAAGCUUAAGUGGCUUUCCAUGAUCGAUAACCAUUUCGAGGGCCCACUCCCACAAAGCCUACGAAACUGUAGCCGGUUAAUAAGGGUCCUACUUGGGCGAAACCAGUUGGCAGGGGACGUCUCCCAAGACUUUGUGGUGUACCCAGACCUAGAAUUUAUCGAUCUAAGCUAUAAUAGAUUCUACGGCGAGCUCUCGGCAAACUGGGGAGAAAGUCGUAAUUUGACCACCCUCCACAUGUCGGGGAACAUGAUCAGCGGGAAGAUACCACCUGCACUUGGUAAAUUGCCUCUGCUUGCAUCGCUUGAUGUAUCUUCAAAUCAGCUAGUCGGAGAGAUUCCAAGAGAAUUGGCUCAUGUAACUUCGUUGCAAGAGUUGAAUUUAAGCAACAACCGGCUCUCAGGAGUGAUACCUUUGGAAAUUGGAAAUUUGCAUGAUAUAAACACUCUUGAUUUCUCGAGGAACAACCUGACCGGUGCCAUACCGAGACAACUGGGAGAGUGCACUCGGCUGCGCUUCUUGAAGUUGAGCAUGAAUGAAUUGAACGGAAGCCUGCCACUCGAGAUUGGGAAUCUAGUAAACCUACAAGAAUUGCUUGAUCUCAGUUAUAACUCGCUCAUUGGCAUCAUCCCACAACAACUUGGCAAGCUUGUGAUGCUAAUAAACCUAAACCUCUCGCAUAAUCGACUGUCAGGCUCCAUCCCAUCAUCUUUUGAAGGCAUGUCCAGUUUGUUAUCACUCGACUUAUCAUACAAUGAUCUGGAGGGUCCGCUGCCUAAAAAUCGAUUCUUUCAGCAUGCUCGAGCAGAGUGGUUUCAACACAAUAAAGGUAUCUGUGGUGAUUUACAUGGUUUGCCUCCAUGCUCGUCAUCUAUCAUACAACAUCAUUCAAGGAAUGCUCGCAACCUAGUUCUUUCGAUUGUUCUUCCCACUACGGCCGUGCUUCUGCUGCUGAUUACAUUCAUGGUAACUAUAUUUCUUAGGAGAGCAAAAUCUGUGAAGGACGAGGAGCAGGAAGUCCCAAUCAAGAAUCGAUUCUCAAUACUAAAUUUUGAUGGGGAGGCUGUAUAUGAACAAUUUGAUGGGAAGGCUAUUUAUAAAGAAAUUAUUGAUGCCACAGAAAACUUCGAUGAGAAAUAUUGUAUCGGGGCAGGAGGAUAUGGUAGUGUCUACAAAGCGCAGCUUCGAACUGGUCAGGUAGUAGCCGUGAAGAAGCUUCAUCCACAGGAAGAAAUAGUUGAUGAAAGAGGCUUUCAGAAUGAGAUCCAGGCAUUAACUAAGAUGCGUCAUCGUAACAUAGUGAAGUUGUAUGCGUUCUGUUCUCAUGCUCGUUGCAUGCUUCUCAUUUAUGAGUACAUAGAAAACGGAAAUAUGUCAGCCAUUUUGAGCAGCCAAGAAGCAGGCAUGGAGUUGGAUUGGAAUAGGAGAGUAAACAUCAUUAAGGAUGUAGCGCAUGCUUUAUCCUACAUGCACCAUGAUUGCAAUCCUCCUAUUGUACAUAGAGAUAUAUCAAGCAAGAAUAUCUUGUUGGACUCCAACUUUAAUGCUUAUGUUUCAGACUUUGGAAUUGCAAGGAUUCUGAAGCCCGAUUCGUCAAACUGGAGCGCACAUGCAGGCACACUCGGAUACAUGGCGCCAGAGAUUUCAUAUACACUGAAGGUCACUGAGAAAUAUGAUGUAUACAGUUUUGGUGUGGUCAUAUUAGAAAUACUACAAGGAAUGCAUCCAAGUGACCUUAUAUCUUCAUUGUCAUCGCAUGGUCAAAACAUGUUUCUUAAAGAUGUGCUAGACCCACGUAUCUUACUUCCCACGCUUCAAGUUGCAAAUGAUGUGAUAUUAGUAGCUAAGGUAGCACUUGCAUGCAUACGUGCAAAUCCAGAUGCUCGACCAACAAUGAAAUAUGUGUCCCAGCUAUUCACCACUAACAAAGAUCAGAGUUUGUUAGAGUAUUUUCAUACAAUUAAACUACAUCAACUAAUGGAUCUACAAGUGUAGGUUGAAUUUUGGGUGGCCAAGAGACAAGCAGCAUGGGUGUCAAAGUGUGUAGGAUCUAUUAUGUUCAUUGUAUGACACUUAAAAAUAUCAAUGUAUCCAUAUAUUGUUACAAUGUUAUAAUUAUCCUAGAAGCAAGAACUCUUCAUAUAUGUAAUCUUUUCAUUAUCAUUUUAAAGGAUAUGAAUUAGAUCUUUGGAGUC